UUGAAGUAUACGUCGAAACUAAACGAUAAGGUACUGAUACGGUGUUGUCACUGUUUCUCCAAGAGGGUCAAGUGCAGGCAUGGACAAAAUCUAAUUGAUUGAAUUUAAAUGGGACGCCAAUUAUGUUGUUGAGCGACCAGCGGCCAUGUCUGCCACGGCUAUGGGCUUCGCAGCACCGUGGGUUCUAAGAAAAGCAGCAAAUGCGCUCGCUUGCUCUCACGUUCUUGGUAUCAACAGCAAGCUCUCUCACUACAAAACACUCCGCUCUUUUCCUCUCACUUCUCCUUUGACUUCUCAAGCUUCAGGAAUAUGCCACUUAGCACAAGCCAUAAAGGGUGACGAGAGAAGUGCUAUUGAAGAAGUGAAACGUAUUCUUGAAAUGGCUAGACGAGCAUCAUCAAGAAGAGAAGUUGUCCAUACGAAUUUUCUUACCCCACCAGUGCUCAAGGAGUUAAUGCUAGCAUUGGAAAAAUUAGCCGACAUUAGAGCAAUUGCUCAGGGAGGAUACCCGCAGGCAGAGCGUUGCCGAAUUUCUAUUGGACAUCCCGAUGUAAUGACAAAUGAUCCAGAUGUAGUUGCAGCAUUGAGUGUCACAGGAAACUUUGGGUUUCAACCUUGUUCUCAUGGUGACUUCCUUGGUGCAACUCUUGGUAAAGGGAUUGCCAGGGAGAAGCUCGGAGAUAUUAUCUUGCAGGGAGAGAAGGGGGCUCAAAUUCUCAUUGUCCCAGAACUUGUUGACUUUAUUAUAUCGUCAUUAGACAAGGUUGGUAAUGUUCCAGUCUCUUGCACAAAGAUACCGUUGAUCUCUCUUGAUUAUGAACCACCAAGGAUUCAGCCAUUUAAAACCAUAGAAGCAUCACUAAGAGUUGAUGCUCUAGCUAGUGCGGGAUUUAAGAUUUCACGAUCAAAACUUGUCGACUCGAUCGGUAAAGGAGAGGUUCGUGUGAAUUGGAAACCUAUUUCUAAAAACAACACCCCACUCAAGACUGGUGAUAUUGUCUCUGUUAGUGGAAGAGGAAGACUAAAGAUAGGAGAAACAAGGGCUACGCGUAAGGGAAAAUUUGAAGUAGAGCUCCUUCGAUAUCUGUAAAAGGAGAAAUGCUACACAUAUUCCCUAAUUACUAUUGAACUUUUCACUGCCACGUCAAAGAGUGUGCACUUAAAAGUGUGGGAGUGUGUAUAGCAUUUUUCCUAUAAAAUUUGGCAGAAAUUGCGGCAACUUUGAAUAUUAUUUUCAAGCUUCAAUGUCAAUCUUUGGUGAGCGAAGAUAGGGGAUGAUGAAAGGUAAAUUGUAUUUCUUAAUGUUGGGUGCCAUAAUAAUGAAGAAAAACAGGCCUUUUUCUAA